AUGAGUGACCUGGCAAAAACCGUCGGAAAAACGAAGCUGGGCAGCAAAGUACCCAGCAACAGCAAGAAGAUCGCCGACAUCCUCGAAGAAGAGUCCGGCCAACAACAGUUGGUUGAAGAUGACUCGUCCUCCGCAUCAUCCGUCUCAUCCACCGGCACCGUCGUGCCGUCGUCGAUGCAAAAGCAGCCAGGCGUCACCUCCGCCCCGACCGCGGCCUCGGCCGCUAACGUCGACUGGACGCGGUACUUCGCGCAGGAACUGUUCCUGGAGCAUCGCAAUGAGGUCACCGGCGAGCACGCGCAGUAUCACGUCUACGUGACGCCGCCAGCCACGCCCAAAACGCCGCUUCUCGUACUGCAUCACGGAGCAGGCUCGUCGGCGCUUACGUGGGCGCUCUUCGCACUCGAAGUGCGGCGGCUGAUGCCCGAGGUUGGCGUGCUGGCCGUCGAGGCGCGCGAGCACGGCUCCAUCGUACUUGACGGGGACGGCGGCAUCGACGGCGCCAUGACCGUCACUAACCUGAGUGCCGACCUGGCGCGGAUGAUUCAUCUCACGGCGGCCAAGUUGGGCUGGGCACAGAUGCCGCAGUUGCUGCUGGUCGGGCACAGCCUGGGUGGCGCCGUCGUCGUUGAGGCGGCAAAGAGCGGUGUUUUGGGCGUAAACGUGAUGGGCUACGCGGUGCUGGACGUGGUUGAGGGCUCAGCCAUGGACGCCCUCAAGCACAUGCAUACGUAUUUGUCGACGCGGCCAUCCAUCUUCCCUUCUCCAGAAGCCGCCAUCGAAUGGCACAUCCGCAGCCGCACGCUACGCAAUCCAGAAAGCGCACGUGCGUCUGUGCCCAGCUUGCUCCGGCGACUGGAGUCCGGGAAGUGGGUGUGGAAGACGGACUUGGCUCAGACCGAAGCCUACUGGACGAACUGGUUCGAGGGCAUGAGCAGCAAGUUCCUCACAGCAAGGGGUGCGAAGCUGCUGCUCCUCGCGGGCACGGAUCGCUUGGACAAGGAGCUCAUGAUUGGGCAAAUGCAAGGCAAAUUUCAGCUUCAGGUCUACCCAAUGGCCGGCCAUUUCGUCCAAGAAGACGUACCAGAUCAAUGCGCGCAGACCGUCAUCGAGUUUCUGAAGCGCAACGACAGGAGCGCUCUCGUGCUGCCACCAAAGGUCUCGGAUCUCUUGGCGCAAGGAAAGAAGGUUUGA